AAGUAAUUUUAGGAGUAAAACAAAAAAUCAAAUUUAGAGUUAAGUUCGCACGUAAACGUAUUAAAAAAUAUGUUUUAAAAAGUGUUAUUAAAGAUAAUGAAAUUAAAAAUAGAUUGAAUCGUAAUAAUGAAUCUAUUAUCAAAUUUGGAUUUUCUGGAGGAAGUACAUGGGAAAAGGAUAUUAAAAUUGAAAAUAUGAUUGCACAAGAUUUAUU